AUGAUCGAUAAGGUUUGCUCUCCGGACUUGGAAUAUUUAAUGUUAAGAUGUCGGCCUUUUUAUUUGCCCAGGGAAUAUACAGUUGUGAUUGUUAUGGCCGUAUAUAUACCACCUCAGGCCAAUGUUAAGGUGGCACUGGAGCAAUUGUAUGACGUUAUUAGUAAACAACAGAACAUACAUCCUGAUGGAAUUUUUAUUAUUGCUGGGGAUUUUAAUCAAGCCCAUCUUAACACUGUACAUCCCAUAUUUUACCAACACGUAAAGUGUAAAACUAGAGGGGAAAAUACCCUAGAUCAUGUUUAUACAAACAUAAAAGAUGCUUAUAAAGCUAUAGCACGCCCCCACCUUGGACAGUCAGACCAUCUUUCUUUGUUUCUCACUCCUGCUUACAAAGCCUUGGUUAACAGUGCUAAAUCAACUUAUAGGAUUGUUAAAGUUUGGCCUGAAGUUGCCAUUAACCAACUCCAGGACUGUUUUGAAAACACAGAUUGGAACAUAUUCUCCCAUCAGUCGGACCUAGAGACAUUUACUUCAUCUGUGAUGUCAUAUAUCGGUUACUGUGUGGAUAAUGUCACUGUUAAUAAAAAGAUCAGAGUGUAUCCAAAUGAGAAACCAUGGAUGGAUAAUGAAGUCAAACAGCUGAUCAGGGCAAGGGACACAGCCUUUAAAUCAGGAGAUAUCUCUGCUUACAAAGUUGCCCGAGCUAGCCUUAAGAGUGGCAUCAGGUCUGCAAAAUUAAAGUAUAAACAGCGGAUUGAAGAGGAUUUCAGCAAUAACUCUAAUCCAUGGCGAAUGUGGCAAGGCAUUCGGGUAAUCACCGAUUAUAAGAAGAAGAAUGACAUACAACAUUUAUCAUCAAAUAAUAAUGCUUAUCUUGCAGAGGAACUUAACAGCUUCUUUGCUCGGUUUGAAAAGGACAAUAAUCAAUUUCCAGUUCACUUCAAACUGACAGGAAAUUCACACCCCCUUGUUCUCCAUACACAGGAGGUACGUCAAGCGCUUAACAACAUCAACACAAGGAAAGCAGCUGGUCCUGAUGGUGUACAUGGACGUGUGUUACAGGCCUGCGCCUACCAACUGGCAGAAGUGUUUACAAACAUUUUCAACCUCUCCCUCUCCUUAUGUAAAGUUCCUACGUGCCUAAAAACCACGACCACUGUGCCUGUUCCAAAAAAAAAACAUGGUAACAUGCCUCAACGAUUAUCGACCGAUUGCUCUCACUCCUGUUAUUGCAAAAUGUUUUGAACGGCUAGUAAUCACUCACAUCAAAGACUCUGUACCAGCUGAUCUAGAUAAACAUCAGUUUGCCUAUCGGGCAAAUAGAUCGACUGAGGAUGCCAUCUGUACAGCCAUGCAUGCUGCCCUUUCACAUCUGGAAAAGUCCAACACUUAUGUCAGGAUGCUCUUUGUUGAUUACGGUUCGGCAUUUAACACCAUCGUACCAAGUCAACUGAUCAACAAACUCCAUGUAUUAGGACUAACCCCUUCCAUAUGUAGCUGGUUACUGGAUUUUCUUACCAACCGCCCUCAGUCAGUGCGGUUGGACAAGCAUACAUCCUCUACCUUAACUUUGAGCACUGGUGUGCCACAAGGAUGUGUGCUGAUCCCCCUUCUUUAUGCAGUUUUCACCCGUGACUGUCAAGCUAUCCACGAAUCGAACAUUCUAGUUAAAUUUGCAGAUGAUACGACUGUCAUUGGGCUUAUAUCAAACAAUAAUGAAGUUGCAUAUAGGGAGGAGGUUCAGAACCUGACAGCGUGGUGUGACAUCAACAACCUGGUCUUAAACAUCAAAAAGACCAAAGAAAUUAUUGU